AUGAAACUCUUGAGAAAGAGAAAACAAAGAACAAUUGUAAAGACAGAGAACUGGACUCUGGAAACUCACCUGGAUCUUGAUGAGGUACAUGUUCUCACUUUGAUCGAGAAGGAAUUCGGCUUCGAGAAGGCUUUCGCUAAGGGCAAUAGGAAAUACAUUUCGAAUCCUUCUCAUGUGAUUGAACUUGAUCCUAUCCAAGUUCAAGAGAAUUUGUCAUAUGAUAUUUUCCUUGUAGAGAUUGUGGAUCAUCGAGUCAAGCAAGUAAGGGGUAAAGAUAUUUCAUUGGUAAAGGUAAUCUGGAAUGCAAGUGAUGAAGGAGAUGCCACUUGGGAGUCUGAGGACAAAAUGAAGGAAGCAUACCCUCAUCUCUUCUUGAAUCAGUGA